AUGAAUAAUGACAUCGUACCCGUCCUUCCACCCGAACCAGAGGAGCAGGGCACACUACGAGCCCGCGACACGAGAAAGGACCAUAUUGAAUCCCUGCUACAUACUCUCGACACUUUGAUCUUCGUCCAACUGGGGAUACUAUAUCUCUGCGACAAUCUCAGCUUUCUCCUCUUCCUGCGCGUCGCUUCGCAAGUGCUGCAUGUGCGACAACCCGAGACUCUCCAGUUGUCACCUGUCAUCUUUGCCAACUUGCUUUGUGUUGGCGCGCAUUGCCUCCGACGCAGCUCUGGGACCAAAUAUCUACAUGGGGGGCUUAUCGUGGAUUUUGUCGGGGAAUUGCCUCCGUCCAAAUGGAGGCUCGUGUUAGUCGACUUGGUUGUGUUCGGAUUACAAUUACUCAUGCUGGUUGUUGGACGAGAAAAGCUGCUAGCCUCAGGAUCUACGCUGGUACAAGAAGAUGCAGAGCCACAAGAUAUAGAGAGUGAAGAGGCCGGUCGGCUUCGAUCGCGGGCGCCGGUCCAGCCUUCGGAGACAGAACAGGGCAUUGAAAUGCAGAGUCUCUUGCCCAACGGAACUACUGAAGAUGAUGGUGGGCAAAGCAGUUCAAAACAUGCCGUCGAAGAUGCCGAUGUGAUAAUACUGGAUAUGCGAAAAGGAUUGAGAGCAUUAUUCAGGAGAGCUCCACAGCCGGCUGCCCCCACCACGAUGGACAACCCAGCAGCUCGCGCAGGAUUCGCGAAUAUGUUGGCGAGGAUUGCUGCGGCAAGGGCACGAGCUGCGGCAGGCUGA